UUUCUUGUGCCAGGCCCAUUCCGCCAUACUCGCAAGUCCCUAAACCUACAGGGUUUUGCAUAUUGGAACUUGGAAUUGCGAACGUUUGCAAUACCAAAUCUAAACACCAGGGUUUAACAUUGCUAUAAAAACUCUUGCCACUCUCUCACUUCAGUUCCUCGGGGGGGAAAAAACCAUGAAGUUUCUACAAUCCAUCAACAAUUAUAAUGGGCAUGGAAGGACUCUUCUACGAUCAGUGGGACGGCGAUAUUACGCUGUUCAAACGGAGGAAUACUCGAGAAGAAACUACGCCAAUAAUGUUUCCGAGUACAAUACUGUUGUGGGUUCUCUCACUGCUCAACGAAGGCAUUUUCUGUUGAGAGAUGCUUAUGAUGAUAUGAUGCUUGAUGGAGUUCAGCCUUCAAGAGAUACAUUUCAUUCUUUGGUUGCCGGAACGAUGAAAGGUGGACGUUUGCAGGAUGCUUUCUUCUUUAAGGAUGAAAUGAAAGCAAUGGGUUUGCUUCCUGAUGUGACUCUGUACAAUUUAUUGAUUUCCACAUGUGGAAAAUGCAAGAUCUCUGGACAUGCAAUUCAAAUUUUGGAGGAGAUGAAGAGAAAUGAAGUGAAACCAACUGGUCAAACCUACAUCUGUUUGCUUAAUGCAUGUGCAGCCACUGGCAGACUAAAUCAAGUGUAUGCAAUUGUUCGUGAUAUGACUGCUGCUGGUCUUGGAUUGAACAAGUUCUGCUAUGCUGGUCUUAUUCUUGCUCAUAAGAACAAGAUUCCUUUGGCUGAUGAUGCAGCUAGUAGGAUUAUUGAGCUGGUUGAGCAGUCCAAAGGAUGGUCCUCUGCAGAACCGACGGGUCCCACGGCUGAAAAUGUUAUGAUUAGUGUUUCUCCAGAAGAGUUGUUCAAUAUUCCCACUGCGGAAUAUAUCAAUAGGCGUGGUGGAUAUGUGGACAAGAGGCUAACUGUUUAUCAUGUGGCUUUUCAAGCUCUUGCAGAUCUUCGAAAUUCAGAGGCAGUGGAAACGCUAUUAAAGAUGCUCGAUCGAGAUAACUGUUGUCCUGAUGUUUUUAUAACCUUGCAAGUUAUGAGGUGCUACUUGCAUUCUGGAGACCUUGAGCGUGGCUACAAAGUAUUUCAGGAUUUCCUGGAUUCUGGCAGGCCACCAUUUGUUGAAGUGUAUACGACUCUUGUAGAGGGAGCCAUGGUGGGUCAUACUCCCAAGGGUAUGCAAAUUGCUCAGGAUGCUCUGGUAGAUAUGACCUCAAGAAACGUUUUCUUGACCGCAAGAAUGGGUAGUGAUCUUCUCCUCGUUGCAGCUCGUGAAAAGACUGGCGGAUAUACAACAGCUAACUACUUGUGGGAUCUGAUGCAAGCUCGGAGGUAUGUUCCUUCUCAGCCUGCUGUGGAAGCAUACUUCGAUGGUUUGAAGGAACGCGAGAUCCCUGCAGAUGAUCCACGACUGCGCAAAGUCAUCGAGAUUCUUGAUAGUUUCCCAAGACCUGGUGGGCGACCUUAAAUGCCACCAACGCCUUGAGAUUACUUUAAGAUAAUUGAUUCUUUUUGUAAUCAUGUCCUCGCUGAUCUCCUAGUGUGGAGUAAUUGCUAGAUUUACCCUUGGAGAAACUUACUGUUUUGUGAAAGGGUUUUGCAUUACGGGUUGUCCUUUGUCUAAAAUUCAAAUUCGAGGAUAUUUCCAUGUUAUUUACCCUCAUAUUUACAUUUGUAACUUCGGGGUUGGUCUACUUACCCCAGGAUUGAAGUCUGACUUAUUAUUCCUUAGGUUUAGAAAUUUAUAUGUUUGGUGGCUAAAGCUAAUAUCGUAGCCGUUCUUCCUCCACCCCCAUCCAGCUGGGUAUAAGUCAUUUUACAAUAUCAGUGUAAUAUUAUUGAUUUAGCUACCCAAGUUAAAGUUUCUAAUAAUAUGCUAUGUAGCACAUUUAUCUAUAAAAGUAUUUGUAUAUAGUGCCAUUCUGUACGGCUUAGUGUGAUUUCAGUUAAAGUUAAUCAAGUUGUUAGUGCGUGUGGAUUUUUUUUCGAUGGGUAUUCUGUAGGGAAAUUAUUGAAAGAUCUAUAAGUUGGAUUGUAGGUAUCAGGUUACUUUGUAGUCUACCCAAGUUAAAGUUUCUAAUAAUAUGCUAUGUAGCACAUUUAUCUAUAAAAGUAAGUAUUUGUAUA